ACCUGCUUCGUCUUCCUUCUCUCUUCACCUCUUGCAACUCAAGCAACCCCCCCCCAGUGGUCUCCAUAUCCAGACCUCUGUUGGAUGCUUUUUGCUUCCAUUGUAUUUUAAUUACCCUGAUCAUUACCCACCUCUUCAAUCAUGUCUGCUAUUCGAUUGUCUUCAACUCUCAAAAUGGAGGACGAAGCAUUGGUUACUAAGAAACAGGGGAUUAUCUCCAUUCUUGGUUCUGAUUCUGAAAGGUCUUCUUCUUCCUCUGGUUCGCUGAGAAGAACUCUUUCAGCUGACAUGUCUUCUAAAAAAUGGCUUUCUCAACAUGGGUUGAAGAAAACGGCGUCGUCUGAACAAUUCCUUGUGUCCAUAGCUGACUCCUGUGAAACGGCGUCGUCCGAACAAUUCCUCAACUCCUGUAAAACGGCGUCGUCUGAGCAGUUCCUCGUGUCCAUCGCUGACUCCUGUUCGUCUGAUGACUACGAAGAAACCAGCAAGAAGGAAGUUGAAAACCCAGCUCAAUUUGAUAUAUGGAGCUCGAUUCUAUCCCAGAAAUCUCAGCAAGAUUCAAACAAAAACCUCCCUGCUCCGUAUAUUCAUCCUCUGGUGAAAAGAUCGGCCAGCUCGUUGAGUGAAAAAAGUCUUCAAAUCUGCACAGAGAGUCUUGGAUCCGAAACCGGGUCUGAUGGGUUCUCAUCUUAUCCGUCUUCUGAAACUGGUGACAUGGAGGAAGAUAAAGAAGAUCAAGAUCAACGACAUGAACAACAACAGAGCUUUGAAGGUUUUUAUGUCGAAAAAGCACCAAGAAUUUAUACUUCUAAGUACAAGAAAUUGCCAGAAAGAUCUUUUCCUCCUCCAAUUCCUUCUCUGACUCGUCAAGACGGAGCUUCUCUCCGCAUGAGAACAGUUCGUGAUAAUGGCCGGUUGGUUCUUGAAGCUGUCUCUGUUCCUUCACAGAACAACUUUCGUGCAGAACGCCAAGACGGCCGCCUUGUCCUCACCUUCAAUUCUCCUGAAAUGAUCGAACCCGAAGACGAGGACGAGGACGAAGACGAAGACGAAUCGUUUCAGUUUGACGAGCUCGAACUCGAAAACUUCGGAGAAGAAGAUGAAGAGACCGAAACAGAUGAAGAAGAAGAAGAAGAAGAAGAAGAAACAGAGGAGGAAGAAACGAAGUUACCAAGUGGGGUAAUAAAUUUUCACAGGCUGGCUCUUAUGGUGAAUAAUAAGCCCAUGGGUUUGGUAAACAACAGAAACCAAACAUGGCCUAAAAAAAUUAAUGAAAUAGUCAAGUUUGAGGAGGAUAUAGUGAUUGACAAACUAGACCCAACAGCCACUCCGCUAGCCCAAUCACUUCCUCCGCGUCCGCGCGUCGGUCGGCUUAUCCCGUCUCCACGAUCUCCGGUAACCGUGACAACGGCCGCCUCGUCGUUGAACGCUUACGAGUACUACUGGAAGAGGCCCAAGCCCAUAACCAAUGUCUUUAACCCAAUUCCCCAUCACUCGCCGUCCGGUAAGAAUCCAACGACAGGUUACGAACAACAACAACAACAACAACAAGGAGACGGAUUGAUGGUUUUGCGAGAGAACGAAAAGGGCGAGUACUUGGUGCGGAUGACGAAAGGGUGUAAAGAGCCAAGGAGGUCAAUUAUAUUCUGGGAGCCUUACUGCAUAGCCACAUCUUGAAUCUGAUCAAGGAA